AUGAAGCCUGAUCCUGUGUCUCUUGGAUCUCUACCUGUGGAGAUUUUGUGCUCAAUCUUUCGUCUUCUGGACCCUAUUGGCCUCAUAUCCAUCAGCCAGACUAACUCCAAGUUCCGAGCAGUCAUUCAGCCAAAUCGGACUCAUCUACUCGAGAGGUUACUCGAACUGGAAUGUAUGGAAGAAUUUGGAGGGGUUACACCCCUCUUCCGUUCGAUGGACAACUGCAUCGUCCCUGAGUUCACAGACAAAGAAUGGGAUUCUAUGCGCUGGACUUGUAGCGUUUGUCUCCGGAUGCUUCCACAUCAAGCCUUUAAUAAUCAUUAUUUACUGCGACUGCAGUACCGCAAACCAAUACCAGGCUCUUCGGCAGCGAACUCUUACACGAGCUGGGAGUCAACAGGAUAUAGGAAACUUCACAAUCGGUAUGAUCUCCACAAACAGCUCCAAGUGUUCAAGGAGAAGGAUCGGAAGAUACGACGUCGAUAUGACCUCUCAUCCAAGUCCAACAGGAUGCCAUUGCACGGGACUCGCGACAUGCGCGAAAGACUCGCCGGAUUUCAGGACAGCGGAAUGAUUACAUUCCAAGGCUUCACUGUGGAUGAAUACGUGUGCAUCACAGCAGAAGAAGAACAGGCUCUUCUAAACCAUGAAGCGCGCCUCAUUGAGCGAGAGCGUUGCGGAUUCAAGCGCCACUUGCGCAAGUGCAACGAAUGCUAUUUCCAGAGUGGCAGCAUCUCUUGUGUGGCCAACAGAGUUGGAGAAUCCAUAUAUCGAGGCACAACGAAGGUCCCCAUAGUGGUGAGCCGUCAUGUGCCAUUUGCUACUGCCUUCGAUCGAAGUUUCCCGGGUAUUUCCGCCAUAAUGAGCAGUGUGAGACCGACAACCAAUGCGCCUGUUCAACGGAUCCAUCGCGAAAACGCUUCUGACUGUCUUUGGACUAUGUAUAUGGUUCGAUGCCCACGCUGUUCACAUUGGCAGGAAUUACGUGCAUUUCGUGUUGGUCCUACUUUCCCCCAUUGGGCACCGCAUAUCUCUGCCGCUGAUCGUUAUCGUAAUUGGGACGGAACUGAGAUCACUGGAUCUUUCAUUGAUGGCUUAUCCUGUAACCACUGUUUUGCCAAAGAUUGUGGGCGUGAAAAGCUUCGCAAGAUUCUCCUCGAUUGGUUGGACAGCAGCUUGACUGGGCAUCGACUGGAGCUAGGGUAUCUGCUUAUAGGUGGCUGGGGGAGGCUUCUCAGACAAAUUAAACAUGAUAAGAAGUUGGGUGCCAAUAUCGGAAUUGCAAAAGUCGUCUCAAGCAUCCGGGAUUUUGUUGAAAGAGUUGAGAAGGACCGCCUUUUCGAUAUUCCCCUCGCUGACCUCCCAAGGCUGAGAUUGCGCUUUUGUGAAUGGAUUGCGGUGAAGAAAGACUUAGGGGCCGAAGAGUUAGGAGCCUUGCGCGAAAAUGCCUGGGAUGCGUUGUGGGAAAACAACUAUGAUGUGAUUGAGGAACACUUCAUUUGGAUGAUCAACUGCCAAAGGGAGAUGUUUGAGCGGGACAAGGGUGAUGCUUUAGUUGACUGGGCACUAAACCGAGAUGGACGUGCCCUAACUUGA